ACAACUUUUACUUCGUUAAGCAGUUCUCCGGCGUUCAGUCGGUUGGUUAUUAUUCUCAAGAGAGGUUGUAGUUAUUGCUAGUUAAUAUGGGCGUCGGCAUAUGGUUGCUCACUGUAGUAAUCGCCUUAAUUGGCUAUUUUUUCUUGCGCUUACGUCGCAAUAUGCAGCAUUGGCAAAAUUUGGGUAUUCCAUGUGAGGAACCCAGUCUGAUGUUGGGCACCAUGACCGGUCUGCGUACGAAACGCGGAUUCUCAGAAGUUUGGAUGGAAUAUUACAAUAAAUUCCGUGGAACGGGACCUUUUGCCGGUUUCUAUUGGUUUCAACGUCCAGCUGCAUUUAUCCUGGAACCUUUUUUGGUAAAGCUCAUUCUCAUGAAGGAUUUCAAUAAUUUCACGGACAGAGGAUUCUACAGCAACGCCGAAGAUGAUCCGUUGUCAGGUCAACUGUUUCUAUUAGACGGACACAAGUGGAGAUCGAUGAGGGGCAAACUCUCUUCAACGUUUACCUCUGGCAAAAUGAAGUACAUGUUUCCCACGGUUGUCAAUAUUUGUAAUGAGUUUAUACAAGUUUUCGGCGACAUGGUAUCAAAGUCGUCAAUUGUUGAGGUUAAAGAACUCUUGGCGAGAUUUACAACUGAUGUUAUAGGUUCCUGUGCCUUCGGCAUUGAGUGCAGCAGUCUGAAGGAUCCGGAAGCAGAGUUUCGCAUAAUGGGACGUAAGUCCUUAACUGAUCAACGUCAUGGUAAUCUGGGAAUUGCAUUGCUCAAUAGUUUUCCUAAUUUUUCGAGACGCAUACACAUGAAAAUGACUGCCGAGCAUAUCGAAAAGUUUUUUAUGCGUAUUGUGAAAGAAACUGUUGACUACAGGGAAAAAAAUAAUGUGAGACGCAACGAUUUCAUGGAUCAGCUGAUUGACUUGAAAAACAAGCCCUUGAUGAAGUCUGAGACAGGAGAGAGUAUGAACUUGACAAUUGAAGAAAUUUCUGCCCAAGCUUUUGUAUUCUUCGCUGCUGGAUUCGAGACUUCUUCUACCACAAUGGGAUUUGCCCUUUACGAACUGGCUAGAGCGGAGGACGUACAGAAUCGCUUGCGGAAGGAAUGUAAUGAGGUUCUGGCCCGGCACAAUGGAGAUCUAUCGUAUGAAUGUAUCAAAGAUAUGAAGUAUUUGGAUCAAGUCAUAUCAGAAACACUACGUCUGUAUACUGUGUUACCAAUCUUGAACCGUCAAUGCUUGGAGGAUUAUGUGGUACCAGGUUAUCCGAAUUAUGUGAUCAAGAAGGGAAUGCCAGUUUUGAUACCCGCCGGCGCAAUGCAUCGUGAUGAGAGGUAUUAUCCCGAACCGAAUCGCUUCAAUCCAGAUAACUUCGACGAAGAACGAGUCAAGAAUCGUGAUUCCGUGGAAUGGCUUCCGUUUGGAGAAGGACCCCGUAACUGCAUUGGUAUGCGUUUCGGCCAGAUGCAAGCGCGUAUCGGCCUGUCUAUGCUCAUCAAGAACUUUAAGUUUUCCGUGUGUGAUCAGACACCAAUUCCUAUUAAAUAUAACAAGGAGAGCUUCUUGAUUGCCAGCGAGUCGGGUAUUUUCCUGAAAGUUGAGCGUGUUUAACAAUCUUUCAAUUUAAUUCAAAUUCCAAGUUUUUCUAUUUUUCUGUAAUUAAUGUAAUUUCUGUUUAUAAAUAUCUAAGAGUGGAGCACUUAUGCUCUAUAGCCACA